UCAUGGAAGAUAGAAUCAAUUACACUACUACUAAAUUUAAGAUGUUUGAUGUUUUUGAGAAUAACAUAUAAAAGUAGGAUAAUGUUGGGCCACGUGAAUAUCACGCCUUUCUCACGUGUAUUGUUCAUAAAAAAAAUAAUAUCAGUGAAUGUUUUUGUUUAAUCACAACAGAUUGAAUAUAAUUGAACGUUAUCUUGGCUACAAUAUCUCUACGAUGUCGGUAGAUAUGGAAGCUGUAGAGAUUAAGAGGAGAAAUAAGUUGGCAGAACUUCUCCAUCUUACUCAAGACCCCCUCUUUACCCGGAACUCACAGGAUGAUAUUGAGGAGUUGAAGGAAUUCUUGGAACAAAAUCAAGAAGGUAAGGAAUUGAAAUGGGAUUGUUUAAUCCCUGGAGGUGCCUCGAAAUGGUUGCAACAUCUUCAAAAGGGUAUUGCUGAGCAUAUUUUCACUUCAGAAGUGAAUCCCGCUGAAUCUACCAUCAAUAGAGAAAAGAGACGCGCAGGAUCAAAUGCAAUUGACGAUAGACCAACAAAACUUCAAAAGUCAACGCAACAGGAUAUUCAAAAGCUUGGUCAUGUUAGACCCAAGUCUUCCGAGAGGAAAGUUGUUGGAAAUAGAGGGGCACAAUCUAGCACCUCAAAUUCCCAUUCUCUUGUAGCAGAUGCAAACUCUCAAUUUCUUGAUCGUGAUAUCGGUGACUUAGAGAUUUUGACAGUACCGGAACAUUAUCCAACAAAGCCACAUGCGGUUUCUUCAUUAGCAGAACUUUAUUACCUUACACAAACACUCCCAUUGAUUAAACUAUUACCUAGUAGUCACAAAACAUUGAUGACAGAGAACUUUGAACUUGCAUUACUCGAAGGAAAAAUUGCUGUCUUGUAUUCCAGAAUUGAAGAACUAAAGAGACAGGGCAAAUGGUCUUUAAGACAGCCCAUCAAAUUCAAGGAGCCAGACUUUGGAAGCGCCCAUUGGAGCAGUUUGUUGUCUGAAGCUAAAUGGAUGUCAGCAGACUUUAAGGAAUCAUCAAAGUAUAAGAAAGCUUGCUGUUACACAAUGGCACAGGCGGUAUCUGAUUUUUGGACGUACGGGAAAGUUGUAUGCAUCAAGAGAAAGCCAAUUAAACAUUUGGAGGUAACCGAUGAUGCCGAAGUGAGCGACGAAAUACAAGGAGAAACCAUACCUGACAUUCAGAUGGUAGAUGUAUCAGAAGAUGCUACUGAAUCUAAAACCGAAGCAACUGAGGACUCCAAGGUUGUUAUUGAUGGGGACGAUGAAUCUCCGUCCAUUGAUGUUAAUUUACUUACUUCUAAUGAUGCAAGUUCAAUUUCCAUACAAUCAUUGGAACAACAUACUUCUGACCGACCAGUACCGUCAAAUUCUCCUUUCAAAUUGCAUAUUAACCUCGAUGAACUCAAAAAGGUUGACCAAUCACUUAUUAGGAACUUACCUAAAUUCACUGCAUUUGACGAUGAUAAUAUCAAUUCAAAGAAGGGACCUUUGGAGCCAGCACCUGCUGGAAAAUCACCAAUGACCGCAGUGUCACGCUUGUUAUACCCACACCAAGAAGAUGAUGAUUGGUAUAAGGUUAUACUCAAGGAAAGCACUGCAAACUCAACCAAGCAUAAUUCCACAGGGCCACCAGAAUAUCAGAAGGGACUUUUCGGAAUCCAAUCACACCGCAGAUUCAAUAGUUUAAAGCCACCAAAACCACCAUUGAUCAAGAAUAUUGAAUUCCGAUCCCCCACUAUCUGGUUACCUCAAGAUGACAAGUACUUGAUUCAUUAUGUUGCGGAAUUUUGUUUCAAUUGGCAACUUAUCUCAGAGCAUUUACUGUCUUCUGCAUCCACCAUGAAGAAGUAUGAAUCUAAUAUAGAAAGAAGAACCCCAUGGCAAUGCUUUGAGAGAUAUAUUCAAUUGAAUGAGAAGUUCCAAUUUUCUGAUAUGAAGGGAGUUUACUCAUACCAUGCACAGCAAUGGCUAGAACAAGCCCAUAAGGCUCAACUGACUACAAAGAGAAGGAUUUCACCACUUGGGGUUGGUAAUGAUUCAAUCCAGCGUGGUCAUAGAAGGUUGAGAUGGGCAUCUAUGUUUGAUGCUAUGAGGAAAUCAAUGAAGAAAAGAGAAACUAUUGCAGCAAAGAAUAGUCAAAGAAGGUCAGCGAAUGAAUAUAAUAUGCAACCAAUGAAUGGACAAACUGGUAGUAUUCCGAAUGGUAGUACUCUUGGAAAGCGUACAAGUGAUAGAGUGCCCACUCCAGCUGAACUUGCAAAAUUAAAGCACGAGAGGGACAAGUCAAUACAAGAAGCGUACAUAAACAGGCAAGCGCAACAGGCGACACGUUCAAGAAUGAUGGCAGCAGUUUCCCAGCAACAGAAACAACUGAUUCUGCAAGCCCCACCACUGCUGCUGCUGCAACAAUCUCAAGCUCCACCAACCAGCAGUUCGAAUGGAAGAAUGCAAGGUGGUGGAAUCCCACCUCAACAGAAAGUGGUUCAGGGUGGUCAACCAAACUCUUCCUCUUCGUCCUCGGGGGGUGUUGGCAUAGGAUCGCCAUCACUUGGCAAUUUGGGACCAACGUCGUCUCUUCCAAAGGGAAUGCAAGUUCCACCACAAUCUCAACAAUCGCUGUCACAACCUCAUCAGCAACAACAACAAGGUGGUAUGAUGAAACGUCCAACGUCCCCAGGAGGCACACCAUAUACUCCAGAGCAAAUUCAACAGAUUCUUCUUCAAAAACAGAGAAGACUUAUGCAACAACAACAACAGCAACAACAACUGCAACAGCAACAUCAACCACAGUCUCAGUUGGGUAAGCCAGCUUCACCAGCUAUGGUUCAGAAUAACGCAGUAUCAAGACCUAUGAAUGGUAAUAUGGGUAUUCAACGUACCGGAACGCAAGGACUGGUUCCUCAGCAACAGCAACAAUACCAAGGUCAACAGCAAGGUCAACAACAAGGUAUUCCAGGGUCAUCAUCUAGUCCAAAACCUAGAAUUAAUUUUGCUCCAGCACAAGUUUCUGCCAUUAUCAGCUCAAUUCAAUCUAAGAACCCUGGCCUUAGUAAAGAACAAGUUACAAAAUUAGCAGCCUCGUACUUGGCAAAUUUACAACAGCAACAGCAGCAACGAGCUUCGCAACAACAACAGCAACAACAGCAGCCACAUCAACAAAAUUUACAACAAUCGAUGAAUACACCUCAACAAGCUUACGCUGGCACUUCUUCUAUGGGGUCUCAAAGUCAACAACCACAACAACAACAGAGAAAACCUACACAAGGUCAAUAUGUACCAAGUCAACAGAAACAGCCACAACUUGCUACAUUGACUCCACAGGAGAAAAACCAACUACAAAUGCUUAAAGCUGCUAGAAUUGCUCAACAAGAGAAGGAGCUUCAACAACAGCAACUACAACAGCAGCAGCAAUUACAACAACAACAGCUCCAGCAACAACAAUUACAGACUAGUUCACAACUGCCGCAACUUCAACAAAAACAGAUACUGGGAGUUUCUAGUCCUAUCAAUGCUUCAAACUUAUCAAAACAGGAGUAUGAGCAACGUAAAAAACUACUUAUACAAAAGCAACAAUUGCAGCAGCAGCAACAACAAAGCAUUCAACAAAACUAUCUGCCUCAAAGUAAAGUACAACAAAAUCAACAACAACAACAACAGAAUAUUCAACAAAAUUAUCUGCCUCAAAGUAAAGUGCAACAUAGUCAACAACAACAACAACAGCAACAUCACCAACAACAGCAGCAACACCAACAACACCAACAACAACAACAGCAGCAGCAACAACAACAACAACAACAACAACAACAACAACAACAACAGCAACAACUACAACUACAACUACAACAACAGCAACAACAACAAAAUAUCCAACAAAACUAUCUGCCUCAGAGUAAAGUGCAACAAAAUCAACUAGGUACAGGAGCUCAAACUCAACUGGGCCCACCACCUUCUGGAAAUUAUGGGAAAAGUUAUCAAACUAGAAAUAAGGAGUAAAGGCUAUGUGACGAAAUGAAGCAUUAAGAAUUCCAUUAGAGAAUAUAUAAUGAC